AAGCAACAGGACUUUAAACUCGGUGUAGAAAGACAGCACAUUGACACACCUCCUUUUCUUUCUAAGGAGGCAGUUUGCAUUUGCAUCUUUUUACUAGCGAAAGAAGUUCUGUUCUUCAAGGAAAGGCUUCUUUCAGGGAACAAAGGGAGAAAAUGCCGCUGCCAGUAACCCUGGAGCCAGGACCCAUAUAUUUCUUUGACCAGCUGAAAUCUAGAACAAAAGAACGGGGCAAGAAACUACCAGAAGAACUACCCACUGAUUUCAAUUCACUCACCACAAAUUCUCAUCCCACGGGCUUUAUUCCCAGCCUGGUCAAAUGCAGGAAUCCUGGUUGUACAGCAGAACAUGUGGAAGGAAAUGAAGACAGUUUCUUAAAAGAUGAUACAGCAAGAAGAGAGAAAUAUCCAUUUCUGCCUCAGAUAUCUGGCUCUUCCCUAUGCAAAACUAGCAGUGAAGUUCCCAGCUCAAAGCCCUCUCAAAUGCCUUCAAUCCUUCCAGCAGAUGAAGAAAUACAGCCGAGCCUGUUGGAUGAAUAUAAGUACAUGGCUCCCACCAUCUUACAUGAACUUGGAGAAAUAUUGCAGCUCUUUGCUAGCUAUGACAUUAUUUUCCCUCAGGGAAUUGUAAAUCUCCUGAACGACAGCUGGAAGGAGCUCACUGAAGGUGCUGAUUACAGUAAAAGGCACCAGCAGUCCCUGAGGUACAAAAGCAUAAGAUCAGGGAAAGGCCAAGCAUCAGAAGAUUGUGACAAGAUGGCACCGGGGUCUGAAUAUAUGGAUCAUGAAAUGACUCAAUGUGCAAAAAGUCAGCGCAAGAAGAGUGUUUUACCUGUGGAUUGUGCAAAGGAAAAAAGGAAUCCUGAAAUGGCACCAAAUAAGCCUGUAGGAGACAAAGCUCCUGUUACACAACAUGAUAUCCACUUACCUGUCACAAUCAGUUUCUCACUGUCAUCUAAACUGUCUGAGGAAAGAGGUUGGAGUUUCCUGCAUUCUGACUCUAAGUCUGAAGAUCUUGAAUGGAAAGUGCCUUUUGCCUGGGCAGUGGAGAGACUACGACAAGCUCAGAUACAAAUGUAUCAAGCAGGGGUUUCUGUGUCCCUUUAUUCAUACUGGGGAUUAAUAAAUAUAGCAAUAGUAUUAGAAAUUGAAAUGAUGGGAGAUGUUUCAAACAAUCUCAACUGAGAGCAUUAUUUCUCUGAAAAUUCUGAGAAACGAACUGAAACUUCACUAUUCCUAUAAAGGAGUAAUCCACUUUUAUUUUAAUGUUCAUCUUCCUUCCUUCCUUCGAGGUUUUUAAGGUCAGGCUUGACAAAGCCCUGGCUGGGAUGAUUUAACUGGGAAUUGGUCCUGCUUCGAGCAGGGGGUUGGACUAGAUGACCUUCAGGGGUCCCUUCCAACCCUGAUAUUCUAUGAUUCUAUGAUUCUAAUAACAAUAACUCCUUCAGCAGAGGCAUUUCUUGGGCAUUAAUGACAGGUCAGGAUUCAUCUUUUCAGAUUAUCACUAAUCUCCAGCAGCAGUCGUGACAACUUGUUUAGAUACAUUUUACAAUCUUGACUUUUAAAUACCACUCUGGGUUUCCACAGCUGUGCCAUAAACUCAAGCCUGCUGUCCUUAAUCAGGGCCUCAGGAGAACUGCAGGAUUAUAUCCCAAGGGCUGGAUUCUCUGGUUCAGCUAGGCCUCUUUGUUUUGCUUACACUUGACACUUCUGUGUUUUACACAGCACAAAGUGUCCUUAAACCCCUGGAGAUUCCAGCAGAGUGUUUUUGCUAUUCAGGGGGAAUCUUUGCUGGCAUAGAACUUGUAGCCUUCUCCUAUAUCAGCCAUCUCCCAAUGGCCAGCGUAAAAUGGAAGCUGUGAGGUUACAGGGUGGACUGGGAACAGGAGGUAUCUGAGCUCUGCUCUGCCCUUCUGCUCCAAUUUACAUCACGACUGCUGGGUGGCCCUGAGUCAGGGAGCUGCAACUAGCUUCCUGUAGCUGCCACAUUUAGACACAGUGGAGAAUUGGGGUCUAAAUGUUUUAAAUAGUAGGUACUAGUUUUAUAAACCAGGCCAGAUUUAAUGACGAGUUAAGAUAAUUACUAAAUAUAAAUAGAAAAGGAGUACUUGUAGCACCUUAGAGACUAACCAAUUUAUUUGAGCAUGAGCUUUCGUGAGCUA